AUGCUCGGCUCUUGGUUUGGUCUACCAGUAGCUGAAUACUGCGCAUCCGUCUGGCCAAACAGCGCUCAUGUGGCAAAAGUAGACACCCAACUAAACACUACCGUAGUGAGACUAAUAUCUGGUACAAUAAAAUCGACACCUACUCACUGGCUCCCAACAUUAACAGAAAUUGCCCCCCCCCCACAACUUCGCAGAGCGAGUGCCUUAGUUAAAGAGCUCUCAAAAAUAAAUCUCAAUCAUGAACUGCCCAUUAAUAAUUUUAUUGAAGAUGCGACCAAAACACGAUUGAAGUCUAGAAACCCCCCCCCACCAAAAACAGCUGAGGACAUAAUCAACGCAAACUUCGACAUGAUGACGCAAUGGGAACAAACGUGGGCAGCCGCGGCAGAGAACGACAACAUCCUAGGUAACAUAUCACCAGGACAUAUACCCACAGGAUUUGACCUACAGCGCAAUCUGUGGUGCACACUUAAUAGAAUACGAACCUCGCACGGUAGAUGUGCAGAUUCCUUGCACAAAUGGGGCAUGAGAGACUCACCGGAAUGUGACUGUGGAGAAGAAUGUGACAGAGAAGCAGACCAUCUAUCACAUAGCUUUUGUAUGUCCUAUCCACGCCUACCAAGGUCCCGGAAUCGACUGCCUCGCAACCGCUCCAUAAUGUAUUAA